AUGGUAAUACAGUCGGAAACCGAAUUAUCAUUAUCAAAAAAAAUGGCCAAAAAGGGAGAUAUAUUUGCAAUAUGCGAUGAAAUCGACACUUUACUGGAGAAGCUAUCGGUGUUUUCGGCCGGUGAACGAGCAGCAGCUGCUGGAGGCAAAAUUCUAUGCCAAGGCUUUGAUUUAAUCGAGGAUGAGACGCGUGGUACCGGCCCUCAUACGCACACAAUUUAUUCAGCAAAAUUAGCGAUGUUGGGUGCCAGUACUGGAGAAAAAUAUGCCAACAAUAUGCUAAAUUUUGAAUCUGAUAAUGGAAAUGAUGGUGUCAUUGCCCGUAUUGGAAUGCAUGUUGUACCAACUUUACCGCCUAAAACACGUGCAUCAAGAUCGGUAUUUACUUCAAUACCAAAUAUUCUCCAAUGCCUAAUCAUUAUCCAUCAUCUUGCUGCUGAAAAAUUACAACUUCACUUUGAUCAAUCUCAAGCCGAUGCUGAUAAUCAAUCGGAAGAACCUACAGUUCCAGAAUGGCUUCAGAAUAGUCGUCAGCAACAUGGAAUAAAUACUCCAAUAUUUCAAGUUAUUAAUGGUGAACAAGCGCCGCUUCCUACAUAUAAACCAACAUCAGUUGAACUUGAAGCAGAUGGUUCCUAUAUAAGUGCAUCUGGAGUUGUCUGCCAAUAUAUAGAAGAUGAUCUCAACGCUGCAAAUUUAUCUAAAGAUAGUAAGCAGUAUGUUAGGGCCCUUCAUCGGAAAACAGGAGUCAAACUUCCCCGAUAUUGUGCCUGUAUGAAUCUUCUUUACCAUUCCAUCUCAUGGUGCUAUGAAAUUCUGGACAAAAUAAAUUUUGUUGCUGGUCUGCAUGCAUCGAAUCAGGAGCUGGAUACGGAAUUUGCUUUAGCUGCGGAACAACUGGUUAGAAGAAAAGUCGAGCAAAUGCCAAAAGAUUCGCAGGGUCGACCAAUUAUGUUUAUCCCGAAAAAGGUUGUUCUUGCUGCAAUCAAAUUAUAUAACUUCACCAAACAAUCAUCCAUCGACUUCUUCUCAUGCGAUGGUGUUGAACGAUUCGCAAUAGAACGAUUAGUAAAACGUGCUCAAUUAAAAGAAAAUGCUCAACAGCUUAGAAUAAAUAAGUGA